ACUGCGCAUGUCUACAUAUGCACGUGUCUAAAAAUUCCACGAUCUGACGUGAGAUCGCUGGUUGAAUGUGCAAUGAGGUUAAAUUCAUAUUGCAUUAGAAAUGAUUAGAUUUCAUAUUUGAACGAUAUAUACAUGCAUCCGAAUAACUUAUUUAGCGCCUACCGACGAAUGUUUUGACACGAUAACAAAAAAUCAAACGAAUGAAGUCCAAAAUAGUCUCAUCCGUGUAUCAUGUGAACUAUCACACGCUGCUAUCACUCUUUAUAAAAAAUCACAAAUUACAGCAAAAUUGUUGUAAAUAUUACACAACCAUGCCGCGUUCCCCUACGCACGUGCUCACUAUGCAAAGAACGAGGCAAAAACACAAAGAAAAAUCUUUAAAAUAUCUUGGCAAUGCAAAUGUGUCACUACAGAUUCUAGGAAGCGGGGCUUAUGGUGCGCCAAAGUGUGUUUACUUAACGGCAGGUCACACUAGCUAUAUUUUUAAUUGUGGAGAGGGAACACAGAGGUCAGCGUAUGAACAUAAAUAUAGAUUAACAAAGUUGGAACACAUAUUUAUAACAUCGACAUCAUGGAAUAACUUAGGUGGCAUGCCAGGAAUGCUCUUAACAAUACAAGACGCAGGAGUGCCAAAAAUUAGUGUGCACGCCCCUAAAGGGACUAUAGAGAUAUUUGAUGCAGUCAAGAAAUUCGUGAUGUUGCAUGCUUUGAAAAUUCACGAAGCAAAGUGCGAUGAAUCAGAGCCAUAUACAGAUUCAGUAAUAUCCGUAUCAUACGUUCCCAUUACGAAAUCAAGUGCACAAGAGAAAGAGUCUACAGAUGUAGGAGAAGAAGUGAUCGAUAAUAUCAAUGAUUAUGACUGUACAACCAAUUCUAAUGGCAAGCGAGUAUUUAAUAACAUGAUAGAGAAGGAGAGAAAAACACAGAAGACCGAAGAAAAAUCUGACAACACAAGGAUAUCAAGUGCAAUGUCCUAUAUUUGUAGAUUGCACCCUCGAGCAGGCACAUUAUCCUUGGAAAAGUGUGUGGAAAAGGGUGUGAAACCUGGUCCUUUGUUCGGUCAGCUCAAAGCUGGCAAAGAUAUUACUCUUCCUGAUGGUACAGUCGUUCUGAGCACAGAUGUCUGUUCUCCAACGACGCCAGGUCCUAUUUUCUUAAUUGUAGAAUGCCCAUCGGAAGAUUAUUUAGAAUCUUUUGUAAAUCAACCUGCCUUUGCGCGACAUCACACAACAAUGUCGGAUGAGAGUGAUACACCAUUUUGCAUUGUUCAUUUCACACCUCAAAGGGUGAUGGAUGACCCUCGUUACAUAGACUGGAUGGUCAAAUUUGAUCGCAACACAUAUCACAUAGUAAUGAACGAGGAAAAUGAAUGCAUGGGCACUGAAGCGAUUCAUAGGCAACAACACAAACUUCAUAUAUUACACUCUGAAAUAUUUCCCUUCUUAAACGAAAAAAGCUUUCAAAAGAAAACACGGUCGAAUGAACUGUCCAUCAUAUAUCGUCCCAGAACAAAUCACAUCAUCCAUUUGCAACCAGAACUGAAAUUUGAUACAAAGAAUGAAGUAUUGUUGCAUCCAGAGGAAUAUAUGAAAGAGGUUUUCGAAAUCGAAGGCUUUUCAGAAAUGUUGAAAGAUCUGCAAACAAACAUUAAUAUUCAAACGGAAAAGUUAUCUAUUGGAAAGGAAUACCCAAAAAUCAUUAUGUUAGGCACUGGUUCUAGCGUUCCGAGUAAAGUUAGAAACACGAGCGGUAUACUCCUACGAGUGGAUAAAAAUCACAGUAUGUUGCUAGAUUGUGGUGAGGGCACGUUUGGACAGAUUGCGAAAAUCUAUGGAAAAUACAAGAUGGAUAACAUCAUAAAAACGAUCAAAGCGGUGUACAUAUCACAUCCUCAUGCUGAUCAUCAUAUUGGAUUGGUCGGUUUUCUGAAAGGAAGGGAAAAAGUCACACAAGAUCCUUUGUACCUGUUCGCGCCGGCAUAUAUUGCUAUGUGGUUGCGAUUUUAUCAUAGACGUUUCGAACCUAUUUUGCAUCAAAUGACGCUAAUUCCGAACAACGAGUUCUUCUUGGACACACAUAACCCGGCGGAGUACAAAUACCAAAAUAUGUACAAAACAUUAAAUGUGCAAGCUGUGAAAACGACAUAUGUUAAGCAUUGUCCUUAUUCUUUCGGUAUUUCUGUGACACUUAAUAAUGGGAAGAAAAUAGUAUACAGUGGUGACACUAUGCCUUGCGAAAAUCUUGUGAAACUCGGUCAAGAUUGCGAUCUACUGAUUCACGAAGCGACAAUGGAGGACGAUCUAUUGAAGGAAGCAAAGAUGAAGUUACAUUCGACCACCUCACAAGCCAUACAGGCAGGUGAACAAAUGAGAUCAAAGUUCACGCUGUUAACGCAUUUCAGUCAACGUUACCCAGUGAUACCACCCUUGCCCAACGAUGAUGAAAAUAGCUCUAAAUUGAAAAAUGUAGGUAUUGCAUAUGAUAAUAUGCACAUCAGUUUGUCGCAACUGCCGCUUUUGCCUUUGAUGUACCCGACAUUAAAAUUGAUGUUCAUUAAACAUUUUACGGAAGUGGAGGAACGAGCUGCUAAACGCCAUCGAAUGGCAGUAAACUUAUAAUAAAUAUUUUAGGCGAUAACACAUAAAAAUUGUGACAACCUUAAUUACCAUUUUCGUCUUAUUGGUAUCCGAUAUAGUUCUCUGUUGCUGACUGAAAAUCAAUAUUUUUAACAAAUGUUUAAUAAAUAUUGCAUAGCAAUGGAGAAAUAAAAUUGAAAUUUUGUUCCCUGCACUCCUUUAUAUAUGUAAUUUUUGACAUAUAAAAUAAAUUUUCCAAAUUGAAACCUCUGUAAAUAAAAAAAUGAUACCAUUAAUAUAUUUCUUGUAAUAUUUUUAUGUGGGAAAAAAUCUAUAUUAUAGAUAUUUGUCAUAGAAAAUAUGUUACUAAAAUCGAAUACAAUAGAUGUAAUAGUGAGUUUUUUAUAUCAUUCUGUAUAUAGUCCUGUAAUAUAUACAAUAUCAGUUUGUGAAAAGAAUUACGUCUAGUUGAAUAAACAAUUCAACUCAGCCAAAAUCCUGAUCAAUAAAAAAUUUUUUUAUUU